AUGCCGGCUGAUCGCGUCACCCGUAGCGCAGCCACGCGUGUUGGCAAGCAGCCCCUCCAGCGUCCUGUGGCAUCCACCACUAUCAAAACCGAGCCCAAGGCCGAUCCUGGAGCCAAGACUGAGCUUGCAUCCAACACCGACCCUGGAGCCAAGACUGAUUCUGGGUCCAAGACCGAGCCUGGAGCCAACACCGGGCCUGGAGCAAACACUGUCCAGUACCACUCCUUGUUUGGAGGCGGCGGCGACAUCAUCAUCAGGUGCACCAAGGGGGACCCCGUCAACUUCCGUGCCAACUACAAUGUCCUCGUAAUCUCGUGCCCCAAGUUCAAGAAGGUUCUCCAGAGCCCUGAGAGUAACAAACGUCCUGCUACCUUCGCCCUCCCUAUUGAACCUGAAGACAUGGCCUUGCUCCUCCACUUCCUUCACGAGGUCGACGACCGCUUCAGCCUCCCCCCUGUUAAGACGUCUCUCGAGGGAUUCGUCAACCUCCAGUACCUGGUCAACAUUUACGGUGGCGACGACUACCUCUCGUCCAUUGUCCAGGACCGCGCCAAACUGGCUGCCUGGGAGCGUCUUAUCAACCUCGGAGACAGCCCGACCCAGAACCAGGUUCUCGACCUCCUAGCCGCCGUCCUCAUGUUCGAGAUGUCGUCUGUCUUUCAUCACAUCCUUGCACUCAAGACACUCAGGACUCGUCACGCUGGUUGGAGCGUCAUCGACGAUGUGACUCGCAUCAACGCCAAAAGUCUUGCCGCUCGGCACAAGCCAGUCUACACACUUCUUCUUGCCAUCGAGCGUGCCCAUCGCCACUGGAGCAUCGACAAGUCUGAACUUAAAGUUGACAUGAGCUUCUGCGACAAUGUCUACCUCAGUUGCAAGUCCAAGAAACCCGUCUCUGUGACCCUGGAUGACACCGAAAAACGCUUCAAGCUUUGGAAGCAGGACAGGGACAACGGUCUGGUCGACUGA